AAAUGUCGGUGGAGGAGAGGGCGAGGAGGGAAGAGGGGAUAAGGCAGGGGAAGUGGCUUGCUCGCGUGCUGUUGCACGGAGAGGCAUCAGGGUCCGGCCCCAGCAAUUCGCAGACCGCCGCUGAAAACGUCCCUCAGUUUCGUAGCUCACAGGUGGGUGCAGCGGGCAUCACCGACGAAACACCCACGCCUCAAUCGACUGCAGGCACAAUUCAUGGAUCGAAGGCAUCGAAGCCAGUUCCAAAGGGACCUUUGCGGCAGACAUUGAUCGAGGAGGCCGACAGUGUUAUCACGCACAACGAGCGGACGAGUCGGUUUCUCGACAGGUUUCUAAUCUGCACAAACCAGCCGUUCAGUUUGGUGGAGGAUGAGUACUUCCUGGAGUUCAUUGACGCGGUGAAGAAGGCCCAUCCGACGUGGAUGCCAUGCAGAAGGGAUGAGCAAAGGACGAAGCGGCUGGACGCUGACUACGCGCGGGUUGGGGCGGAGGUGCGUUCGCUGAUCCCGAAGUGGAAGAAGACCAGGUGUUUGCUGCAGAUGGAUGGGUGGUCCAAUCGCCGGAACAAGCCCCAUCUGAAUGUCAUGGUGUCCUCGCCAGUCGGUACGGUCUUUUGGAAGUCAGUGUGCAUGGAGGGCAAGGAGAAGGACGCUGAAGCUUACUUCCGUGUCUUGGAUGGGGUCAUCAAAGAGAUCGGAGCGGACGCAGUCGUUGGUGWCAYCAUGGACAACGCAAGGGUGUGCGUCAMGSCARGGAAGAUGGUGGAGGCCGCCUAUCCGAACAUCUUUCGCGUCGGAUGCACUGCGCAUGCGCUCGAUCUUGCGCUGGAGGACAUGUAUAAGCACAUGCCUUGGAUGGCGGAGGUGGUUGAUGYCGGGRACAAGGUCGGCAAGUUUUUCACGAAUGUGGACAAGGCGAGGGCCAUGUUCCACAACUACUCACCGAAGACGAAGUUGAAGCGCCCUGCGGCAACCAGAUUUGCCACCAACUUCACGAUGCUCGGGUCUUUGAAGGAACUGAAGAAUGCACUGGAUCGCUGCGUUUGCGAUGUGGAAUGGGUGGAGAAGAUGGUACGGGCAGAGCAGUUAGUGGCGUUCAAUGAGGUGACGGCCAUCAUUCUAGACAAGGGCGAGUUUUGGAACAACCUCAACAAGGCGCUCGAUGUGAUGCAGCCCGUGGUGGAGCUGCUUCGGCUGGUGGAUGGACAAGGACCGACCAUUUCGAAGGUGUACUUCAAAAUGGAUCGGGUUGUUCAGCGCACGCGUGCCCUCGAGUGCCUUUCAAGUGAGGAGCACGAGGCGGUGGAGCGCAUCCUCAUGGACCGCUGGUCAUUCAUGACCAGCGAGCUGCAUUGCGCUGCAGCCUUCCUGGAUCCUGAGCAACGAAUGCAGAACGUGCAGCGCGAUCCGGAGGUUCGCGCAGGAUUCAACAUCUGGCUAUACUCCUGGAUGCCACGAGAUAAGCUCAAGGAAGUGAGCUUCCAGGUUGACCAGUGGGUCAUCGCUUUAGGAGGGUUCUCCACAGAGAAGGCGCGCGAGCAAGCCAGCCAGCAGCCACCAGCUUUGUGGUGGGAGGCUUUUGGCUCCAAACACGACCUCCUUGCACCGCAAGCCAUCAAAUUGCUUGGCCAGGCAAGCUCCUCCGCUGCUUGUGAGCGGAACUGGAGCUUGCAUGAGCUCAUCUACGRGAGAAGGCGCACGAAGCUCAUGCCRGAGAGGAUGRCCAAGCUYGUGUACAACAGUUGGAAUGUCCGCCUUCUGAAGAGCAUUCGGCGCGGCGGGGGGGAUGAAAUCCACAUCCCAUGGGCGGAUGACGGCCCGGUGGACAAGGAGAUGGAGGACUGGUACGCAGAUUGGCUGAAGCGUGUCCACGGAGAGGUGGAAGAAGAAGAGGUGGUUGUGGCGGACGUCGAAGACGAGGAGAACGAGUUUCCUCUGCGGCGCACCUUCCAGUGCAAUGACGAGGUUGACGAGAGGCUGUGUGAGGAGGAGGACUCUGUUCUCGUCGGUACACGGGAGCGCGAUUGGCACGAGUGCACGAAGCCUGGGAAAUACCGUGAGCGUGAGUUGCGUAGGAGAUCAGGCAGCGAGCUGCCUGUGCCUCAGGAGUUGUAUACGGAGGGCUACGCUCUUGCAUUGGCAGCUCGACGGGCGGUCACAUGGGUGGAGGGUCGGGAGGAGGGACCAAGGAGGAGGCGCACAAACCAGGGCAAAGAGAAGGUUGAUGACAACGCGCCCGUGCAGUGUGGCAAAAGGAAGGCUGUUGAGCAACAACAGCCACGGCCCAAGAGGGGCCGUCCCACAUUGGCGGAGCAGGCAGAACACAGGGCACGAAAGGAGGAAGAGAAGGCCGCCAAGGCAGCAGCUGACGCUGCCGCAGCAAAAGCUGCUGCGGUCAAAGCCGUUGCGGCCAAAGCCCGAGCAGCGGCGAAAGCCGCCGCGAAGAACGCUGCCGCUGGGAAGACGAAGAGAGCUGCCAUCAUAAAUGAUGACGACGAUGACGAUAUCCCGGAAGACAUCCGGGGAGACGAAGAGCUCGAAGGCUCAACAUCGACUUCUUCCAUCUCAAGUGACACAUCUGAUUCCGGUGGGGGGGAGGGAGCGGAGGAGAGUGACGAGGAAGAAGGCGGUGAGGGUGAGGUGCAGCCGGAGGAGAGUGAGGAGGAAGAAGGGGAACAGGCGGUGUAGGGUGCACCCGCUGUGCUGUUUUGGCAGACAAACUCAAGUUACUAAGCAAUUCGAAUUUUGAACUUGUGGAUCGUUUUUAUAUAAGUUUUUAACUUUUUGUCAAUUUUUCUGUUGUCUUUCUCAUUCUUUGCUGUGUGCGGUGCAUCAUCGAUUGUUCAAAGUUUGUUUUCUGUGUUUUUGUGAUGCCAUACCGCCGCUCGAUUGCAUGGAUGCAACGAAUGCCUGCUGCCGUGUUUCGUCUUCGCAUUCCAAAUGCAGGUGAGUGGGACACCCCCCACUUUCAACCGCUCGAAUCAUAAAAAAAAAAAAAAAAAAGAACAGGAAGAAAAAAAAGAAGAGGAAGAAAAUAAAACAGAGUUUAACAA